UAAUCAGAUUUUAUUUUCCUGUUAGGGCAAGCAAAUGCAUGUCAGCUGAGUGAAAAGGGUGCUUUGAAGUGAUUCAGCACCGAGCUUGACCUAAUUAAGAGGUGGGUGCAGUAAAGAAAGCUCAGUGGAUAUGGACGCUGCCCUCUGUUAUCCAGCGGAGCUGAUCAACUGCUGGAGUGGACUCUGACCUACCCAGAAGCCACAAGUGAUUCGCAUCAGUGUGUGCAUAUUAAAACAGCUGAAGGAGGUCUGUCGCUAACCUCUAUGUCAGAUGACAGCAAGUCAUAUUCAACGCCUCCAGGGACUGAAGAAGCUUGCAUGACACACAGCAGAGGUGGAACCAUUUGGGAAGGCGGCUACUUCUUCUGCGAACUUUCUUCAGUCUGAUCCGUCUGCACCAUGGCCCUGCUCGUUCACGUGCUGGCCUGUGCCUUUGGCCUGGGCUCGUGGGUGGCAGUGAACGGUCUGUGGGUGGAGCUGCCGCUCAUCGUCAACACUCUCCCAGAGGGCUGGGAUCUCCCCUCCUACCUGACAGUCAUCAUCCAGCUGGCCAACCUGGGACCUCUGCUGGUCACCCUCAUGUACAAACUGUGCCCGGGUCGUCUCAAAGAGCGCAUUGUCAUUUACUCCAUCCUCUCCAUCGGCAUCCUCUCCUGCAUCCUGCUUGCCUUUUUCUGGGACAAGACUACGACAGUGGCCGGGGCGUCACGUAGCACCGCCUUCUUCAUCAUCACCUUCUUCCUCUCUCUGGUGGAUUGCACCUCCUCAGUUACCUUCCUGCCUUUCAUGAUGCAGCUUCCAGCAAAAUACAUCACCACAUACUUUAUUGGAGAGGGGCUAAGUGGUUUCAUUCCUGGUAUAGUCGCUCUGGGACAAAGUGUGGGCAUCACCAAAUGUGUCAACUCCUCUCAAACUGCAGGAAACCAGACAGGCGGGGACACGUGGUCAUCACAUACAGAGAAUCUUCCUCCAAACUUUUCCACCGAGGUGUUUUUCUUCCUCCUAGCAGCCAUGAUGUGCAUAAGUCUGGCUGCUUUUGUUGCACUGAACAGGCUUCCUCAGACAUUCGAGCUGUCCAGUGAAAACCUCGUGCCAGAAACCGUUGCAUCUGUCAGCUCCGGCCUGGAGAACCCUGGAGCAGAGACUGAUGGAGAGGAUUUAAAAUGCCAGGGGGAGGGGGCAGCCCAGAUCAAUCUUUUGCUGGCUGGCCCAAAACACUCUGUGUACCAGCUGACCUUCAUCUACUUUAUGGUGGUGUGGGUUAAUGGUGCAACCAACGGCGUGCUGCCCUCUGUGCAGACGUACUCCUGUAAGCCCUAUGGGAACCUGGCCUAUCACCUCUCUGCUGCUCUGGCAUCAGUGGCCAACCCAGUGGCUUGCACCAUUGCAAUGUUCUUCAAAAACAGGUCACUGGUGUUUCUUGGCGUGCUGACGGCGCUGGGGACGGGAUUUGGCAGCUACAACAUGGCUAUGGCAGCUAUGAGUCCAUGUCCUUUGCUUCAGGGGUCUGUGGUGGGAGAAAUGAUCAUUGUGCUCUCAUGGCUCUUUUUCACUGGAACGCUGUCUUAUGUCAAAGUAAUGGUGGGUGUCAUCCUGAGAGACCGGAGCCACAGUGCCCUGGUCUGGUGCGGAGCUGCAGCACAGAUCGGCUCGCUAGUCGGCUCGGUCACAAUGUUCCCGCUGGUUAACGUCUACCAGCUCUUUAAGUCAGGGGACUUCUGCAGCACUAAAUGUCCUUUAUGACAGUGACUCUGAGGCUGGAGACACUCUCAGGUAAAGGAAUAGUUUGUGCCAUUCUCAUAUCUGUGUGUUACAGUAAGUACGGCGCUAGAGGUGGGAGCCAAUUAGCUUAGCAUAAAAACUGGAAGAAACCGCUAGUCUGGCUGUGUUCAAAGGUAAAUCUAACUACGAGCACCUCUAAAGAUCACUAAUUAAGCUGUCCAUCCUGUUGAAUUCAUGCAAAAAUCUAAAUGUAAAAACGUUGUGGUUUUACAGUGAGUUUUUAACUUUCUUGGCGAUCAUUACAGUUGGAGUAUUGUUUAUUAUACGGAUAUAAUAAACAAAGUAAAAUAUGUUAAAGCUUUAGUGUGUAACUUUUUGAUAUUAAUGAACAUUCAAGCCAUUUCCAAAUGAGUUGAUACAAAGCUAAUUAAGACUAUCAGCUCCACACAAC